CGGGCAGUUUUCAUUUACCGUCGGUUGUAUUUCUUACAAAGAAAAAUUUGCCGGUCAUCAAUUCCAGAGUCCCGUUGAGCUCUCGUCGAAUUCUACACGUGGUCAGUGCAGUGAAGAUUUGUUCUCCAUUCGUCGAAGUUUAUUCCACUAAAAUGCCUUCUGAUUCUAAAAAAAAGAGAGAUGCCAAGAGAAAAGAUGGAGGAAAACCCAAUGCUUCAAAUGGAACCAGUGCAUCCACGUCCAAAAAUUCCAAGGGUGGUAGCAAUGAACUCACUGUUGAAGAAACCCUGUGUAAAAAAUUAGAAGAAGAUGCCAGAAUUGCUGCUGAAGCAAGAGCAGUUACUGGAGUUUUGGGGGUUCAUCCUAAGAGCCGGGACAUUAAGAUAGAUAAUUUAUCAAUAACUUUCUACGGAUUUGAGUUGUUGCAAGAUACAACAUUAGAAUUGAAUUGUGGACGUCGUUACGGUCUUAUAGGUUUAAAUGGUAGUGGCAAAUCGGCACUUUUAGCAACAUUAGGGAAUCGAGAAGUUCCAAUUCCGGAUCACAUAGAUAUUUACCACUUAACUCGUGAAAUACCGGCUUCGGAUAAAACGGCACUUCAGUGUGUAGUGGAAGUUGACGAAGAGCGAACAAAAUUGGAACACCUUGCGGAACAAUUAGCUAAUUGCGGAGAUGAUGCUUCUCAAGAUCAAUUGAUGGAUAUUUACGAACGUCUAGACGAAAUGAGUUCUGACACGGCCGAGACUCGAGCCGCCUGUAUCUUGAAUGGGUUGGGCUUCACUAAAGAAAUGCAGCAGAAAAAAUCGAAGGAUUUCUCCGGUGGAUGGCGAAUGCGAAUUGCGUUGGCUCGUACAUUGUAUGUGAAGCCACAUUUGCUUCUUUUAGACGAACCUACAAAUCAUUUGGACUUGGAUGCUUGCGUGUGGCUUGAAGAAGAGUUAAAAAACUAUAAGCAUAUUUUAGUAAUAGUUUCUCAUUCACAAGAUUUCAUGAACGGCGUCUGCACGAAUAUAAUUCAUUUGACUCAAAAUAAACUAAAGAACUACUCAGGAAACUACGACACUUUUGUCAGAACAAGGUCUGAACUUCAAGAAAAUCAGAUGAAGCAAUAUAAAUGGGAACAAGACCAGAUGGCUCAUAUGAAAGACUACAUUGCUCGUUUUGGUCAUGGUAGUGCUAAGCUUGCCCGUCAAGCUCAAAGCAAGGAAAAAACCUUGGCUAAAAUGGUAGCUGGUGGGUUAACUGAAAAGGUGGUUGAUGACAAAACUGUAUCGUUUCAUUUCCCAUCUUGCGGCCCGAUUCCACCUCCAGUUAUCAUGGUACAAAAUGUUAGUUUUCGCUACAGUGAUACCACACCUUGGAUUUACCGUAAUUUAGAGUUCGGAAUUGAUCUUGACACUCGUCUCGCACUGGUUGGCCCGAAUGGUGCGGGAAAGUCUACUCUUCUAAAGAUUAUUUUUGGAGAUUUGGUGCCUACUGAAGGAAUGGUCCGAACCAAUAGCCAUCUUAAAAUUGCACGCUAUCAUCAGCAUCUCCACGAAAUGUUGGAUUUGGAUUUAUCUCCUUUGGAGUACAUGAUGAAAUGUUUUCCUGAAGUGAAGGAGAAAGAAGAAAUGAGAAGAAUCGUCGGUCGGUAUGGUUUGACCGGAAAGCAGCAAGUUUGCCCUAUUCGCCAACUCAGUGAUGGACAACGUUGCCGAGUAGUGUUUGCUUGGCUGGCCUGGCAAGUUCCCCAUCUGCUGCUUCUUGACGAACCUACUAAUCAUUUGGACAUGGAGACCAUCGAUGCGCUAGCUGAUGCAGUUAAGGAUUUCGAAGGUGGACUUGUUCUCGUUUCUCACGACUUCCGACUGAUUAACCAAGUCGCUAAAGAAAUUUGGAUUUGCGAACAUGGAACUGUUACUAAAUGGAAAAGUGACAUUUUGUCGUACAAGGAACAUCUUAGGCGUAAAGUUUUGAAUGCUAAUGCGGCAAACGCCAAACUAGGAAAAUAAAUGUAAUUUCAUCGAAAUUUGUUUUCGACAAUUGGUUGAAUAAACUCAAGUCCAAUUUUAACGUUUAAAGCGUUUGUUGGCAUAUUGGACUAA